AUGACGUGGAUACCGCAAGACGUAUCCUCGAUUUGCGGGCAAAAUUCAACGUCCCUGCCAGCAUGUUCGCCGGCUUACUUGGCAUUCGUAUCGUUUAUCGUUCAAUACUUUGGAAAAUCGAACGACAACUACGUCGCCCGGAGCGAUCCGAAAGGACCCGAGGAAUACGACUUUAUCGUCGUCGGGGCGGGAAGCGCGGGAUGCGUCCUGGCCAACCGAUUGAGCGAAAUCACCGGCUGGAAAGUGCUGCUGUUGGAAGCCGGUCCCCAGGAGCCCCUGGUCGCGGAUGUGCCGUCUUUCGGGACGUUUUUGCGAUCGAGUAACAUUGACUGGGCCUACCGCACGCAGCCAGAGAAAAAAUCCUGCCGAUCGAAGAGAGGACGCAGUUGUGGCUGGGCCAGGGGCAAGGUAAUGGGCGGUUCGAGUAGUAUAAACUAUCUGAUGUACAUAAGAGGUCACCCGCGGGACUACGACGAUUGGGCCGUGGACAACCCCGGCUGGUCCUACCGAGAGGUGCUUCCUUACUUCAAAAAAUCGGAAAAUAACCGCAGCCCCGAGAUAGUUAGAGGCAGUCCCGGGUACCACGGGACGAAAGGCGAGCUGACGGUCGAGUGGUUUCCGUACACAGACCCAAACUCCGAAAUAUUGAUCAGGGCCUGGAAAGAAAUCGGAUACGGCAAAAUCGACGCCAAUGGAAAUCGGCACGUCGGCUAUCUCAGGUACCAGACCACCUCGAAGGACGGCCAGCGACAGAGCACCAACGCGGCUUUCAUACGGCCCAUCGCCAACGACAGGUCCAACCUGGUCAUCAGGACUCAGGCGUACGUUACCAAAGUUUUGAUCGACCGGAGGACCAAAAAAGCCACUGGGGUCGAAUACGUCCUCACGAACUCAAGCGACACGAGCCCCAAAAGAGCCUUGGCAAAGAAAGAGGUCAUAGUGUCGGCCGGAGCCAUCAACUCGCCAAAGCUGCUGCUCCUGUCGGGAAUCGGUCCGACCGAAGAUCUGCGGGAAUUGGGAAUCGACGCGAUCCAGGACCUGCCGGUCGGCAGGAAUCUCCACGAUCACCCGCGAAUGGACGGGCUGACCAUAAAGUUGAGCGAGAAAACGAGGAUCCUGGCUAGCUUGGACCAAAUGAAAAACGACUCCCUGGAGUACUUGAAGACCCAGAGGAACGCGCUGUCAGCCAUGGGCGUGCUGUCCGCCGGUUGCUUCGUCAAAACCGACCUGGAAAGGAUCCCCGACUACCCGGACAUACAAUUCACGUUCGACGGAACCAAUGUCAAGGACCACGUUGCCAUGGCCGAAGAGGCGGAGGGCCUGGCCGCGCUUCCGUUGGCUUACUACGACGGCAUCAACAUCAGCCCGGUACUGAUUGGGCCGCGCAGCCGAGGCUACCUGAAACUCAACGGAACCGAUGCGACUUGGGGGGCCCCGUUGCUCCACCCGAACUACUUUGGCGACGAUCACGACUUGAGGACCAUCGUCGCGGGUAUACGCGAGGCCAGAAAACUCUUCGGCACGAGGGCUUUCAAGGAGAACGGGUACACCUUGCUGGCCGAGCCUCUGCCGUCGUGCAGGCAGCAUCGGUUCGACAGCGACGGUUACUGGAGGUGCGUCAUUAUCGAGUACACCAACACGAUUUACCAUUUUGUGGGGACGUGUAAAAUGGGCCCGAGAAGCGACCCGAGUGCCGUGGUCGAUCGGUACCUCAGGGUCCACGGGGUGGGCUCCCUGAGGGUGGUCGACGCCUCGAUCAUGCCCAAAAUCACAAGAGGCAACACCAAUGCCCCGACCAUCAUGAUUGCGGAGAAAAUCAGCGAUGACAUUAAACAUUAUUAUCACCGCCACUGUCCGGGUGCGCGUGGCAAGCUUUGUUUCUUUGGUUCUUGAGCUUUUACGCGGUUGGAGAUCAUAAAUGUUGAGUGUUGUGGCGGUUUGAUAUACCUAAGUCCUGGGAUUCCAUAAAAUGGAAAAUUAAGUUAAAUACUUUGUGGGUGCGAUUAGAAUAUUAAUUAUUUACAUGUAAAAUAACAAAUAACGUCAAUAGAGAUGUCAACGUAAGUUUUUUGCGAUAAGUACAAGUGAAAGUAGUCCAGUAGUUGGUGGCUGAUGAAGAAAAUUUUAGAUAUAAUGUGCCAAGUCAUGGUUAAGAGAGAAGUAAGGACUUUGUUACACAAGGUUGAUCUUAAUAACAUAGUGGUGAUACAUCAAUGUGGCACUUGUUGUAGUAGUAAAGACGUAUUCGUGAAUACAAAUACAUAUUAUACAUAUUGACUUGAUAAGUCUCCUAAAAGAGCAAAACCUCGUCUUGUUAAAAUAAACUUUCUUGCAACAGCAAUUGCCAUUGAUGAUGUAUCAUCGCACUACCGAGGAAAAAUUUCCUCGCUUGAAAUAUCAUCAUUGAUAGCAAAGCAUUCGUUUGUGGCGAAGUUUCGUUGCGCAUUUAAUUAUGAUUUGUGUCCAAAAACGUUGCAUGAUAACAUUUUUCGAUAGAAAAUUUCGGAAAGUAGAGAUUUCUGGAAUGUUUUUCGUCCGAAAAUUUGUUUUACGCAUUACUGUAUAGUUUCUGUGUUGUCACUUAUAAAAAAUGAUUACUAUAGCUUCGAUCCACGAUGUUGCUCUUGGAUAUAAAGCACUGGUAAAUAGUUGUUAGCAUUAAUUUUACGACAAAUCUUCGUAUCACACAAAUCUUUUUAUUAUUGAUAAAACGUGAUGUAUGUACAAUGCUUACAUAAAUAAAACUAAUACACAAAAAAAA